UUGCCUCCACCGUUUCUUCUACCUACCCUUUUCCUUUUUUCUUUGGAACCGUUCUUUUCCUCUUAUUUAUCAAUCACUCCCUUCCUUUUUUUCUCUAUGCAAAACCAAACUCCCAUUGAACCCGAUUUAACGUUUUCAUUGCCACUCGUCCUCCCCCCUUUUACCAGCCAUGAUUUCCCUAGCCCCAGUAUGCGACCCCCAACCACCCAAUAAUGUCUCCUCCGAUUUCUCAUCCUCUCCCCCGCCCUCCACGCCGGCCACCCAUGUUUUCCGAUCCAAAUUACCCGACAUUCCUAUCCCCGACCAUCUCCCUCUUCACAGUUACUGCUUCCAGAAACUCUCCCAAGUUUCCGACCGCCCAUGUUUGAUCGUCGGCUCCACCGGAAAAUCUUAUUCCUACUCCGAAACCCACCUCUUUUCCCGCAAAGCCGCCGCCACUUUCUCUAAACUUGGUGUUCAGAGAGGGGAUGUUAUUAUGAUUCUCCUCCAUAAUUCUCCUGAAUUUAUUUUCUCUUUUAUGGGUUCCUCCAUGCUCGGCGCCAUCGCUACCACCGCCAAUCCUUACUACACGGGGGCCGAGAUUUCUAAGCAGUUGAAGGCCUCCGGUGCUAAAUUCGUUGUUACUUACUCCCGAUGCGUUGAUAAGUUACGAGAAUGUGGUGAAGUUCUCACUAUUGUCACCGUGGAUGACCCGCCGGAGAAUUGUCUGAGCUUCUCGAUGGUUUACGACGCCAAUGAGAACGAUGUCCCGUUUGUGGAGAUUGAUACGAACGAUGCCGUUUCCCUACCGUUCUCCUCCGGCACGACCGGGCUCCCCAAGGGUGUGAUUUUGACUCAUAAGAACAUGGUGUCGAGUGUGGCUCAACAGGUGGAUGGAGAAAACCCGAACCUAUAUUUAAAAAGAAACGACAUAGUUUUAUGCGUGUUACCAAUGUUUCAUAUAUUCUCAUUGAGUAGCAUAGUUUUGAUAUCAAUCAGAUCCGGGGCAGCGUUGCUUUUGAUGGAGAAAUUUGAGAUCGAGUCAUUGCUACGACUAGUAGAGAGACACAAGGUGACGGUGGCAACGGUGGUGCCGCCGCUCGUGGUGUCGCUAGUGAAGAACCCGAAGGUUGCAGAUUUCAACUUGAGCUCCAUUCGAUUAGUGCUUUCCGGAGCAGCACCGUUGAGAAAGGAGCUGGAGGAGGCUCUCAUGGAAAGGCUUCCUCAAGCCAUUUUUGGUCAGGGUUAUGGUAUGACGGAAGCGGGUCCCGUGCUGAGCAUGUGCUCGGCUUUUGCAAAGGAGCCACCAAUGCCAACAAAAUCUGGCUCCUGCGGCCGAGUUGUUAGAAACUCGGAGCUUAAAGUCGUUGACCCACUAACCGGUGCCUCACUCACUUAUAAUCAACCCGGAGAAAUUUGUGUUCGAGGCCCCCAAGUUAUGAAAGGAUAUUUGAAUGACCCGGUGUCCACGUCAUUGACUGUCGAUGUGGAGGGUUGGCUUCAUACGGGUGACAUUGGUUACGUUGACGAUGAAGAAGAAAUUUUUAUUGUUGAUAGAGUUAAAGAGAUUAUUAAAUUUAAAGGUUUUCAGGUGGCACCGGCAGAGUUAGAGGCUCUUCUUGUAACCCAUACAUCUAUCGUUGAUGCUGCUGUUGUCCCGCAAAAUGAUGAUGUUGCUGGUGAAGUUCCAGUAGCUUUCGUAGUUCCAUCAACUCAGAAUGGACUUACAGAGGAAUCAGUAAAAGAAUUCAUAGCAAAGCAGGUUGUGUUCUACAAGAGAUUGCACAAAGUAUAUUUUGUGAAGACCAUUCCAAAAUCACCUUCUGGAAAGACCUUGAGAAAGGAACUCAAAGCCAAACUCUCAUAAGUCUUUUUAAAGCCACAGGAAUAGAGACAUGAAGAGGUAGAGUUAUUAUUAAUUGUCAUUAAUGCUUGUCUAUGUCUAUCUCUUCAACCCUUGAUUGUAUACCAACUUUUGUUAUGUGCAAUAAUGUGAAUGUCUUCAAUUUAUUAUUAUUAA